CAUAUUCACAUGUCUACUGGAGAUGAGGGAUACGCAUUUGCAGGAAAAGGGUCUCAUGUUUACAUGAAAUAACCUAUCCAGACAUCAUUUAUACAUUAAUAAUAUUACCCACCCGAUACAGUGGGUGGCAGCAUUCACCCAUCACGCGUCACAGACGGCAUUACAUUCAGGAGGAAGAAGAACAUUCCCCCUCUGAGAACAACACGAAGCGAAACGUGACUGAUCUGAGUCGCUGUCUCGCGUUUGCACCAGUCACUGUGCUUGUUAACUGUGUGCUGUUGUUUGUACUUCAGCAUGGCGGUCGUCAUCCGUUUACAGGGACUAAGGGUCACAGCAGGUUCCGAGGAUAUUCGCAAGUUCUUCACUGGCCUCAAAAUUCCGGAUGGAGGGGUGCAUAUAAUUGGUGGGGAGCGAGAUGAAGCUUUCAUUAUCUUUGCUUCGGAUGAAGAUGCAAGAAGAGCCAUGACACGGUCAGGAGGUUGCAUCAAGGGGUCACCUAUUACUUUGCUACUAAGUAGUAAGGCAGAGAUGCAGAACAUUCUUGAAAAAAGUACAACCAAUGUUGAGCUGGAUCAGAAGAGGCGACUCGAGGAAAAUGCAAGACGCGCUAGAAGAUCUGUGGACCCUGAGGUGGGCAGGAGAUCAGCUAGCAGAUCGGAUUAUUCUCCCGUCCAGCACCAGAGGGCUUCAAGCACUAAUGACUUUGUGCAUGUGUUUCUGAAAGGAAUGCCUUUCUCUGUGACCGAAGAGGAAGUCCGUGACUUUUUCUGUGGUUUACUUAUUGAUGAAAUGAUCUUAUUGAAAAAUGGAAAUGGUUCAAAAAAUGGGAAAGGUCUGGUCAAAUUCGCAACAAGAGAGGAUGCAAAUGAAGCCCUGAAGAGGGAUAGGGGGUACAUUGGGUCGAGGUAUGUGGAGAUUUCCACAACAACAGCCGACGAUUGGCGUCGGGCUACGGGUAAAGUGUCGAUGGCUGUUAACACGGCUGAUAACUUUGAAAGGGACCGGUCACCUGUUCGCCAGCAAAGGAAUCCACAUCAUGUGAGGUCACAAUCGCCUUUGGCUCAGAGGCCCGUUGCCUCCUCUGAUGAUGAGUACUGCGUUUUGGUAGAAAAUCUGUCAUAUACAGUGGAAAAAGAAGACAUAAAAAGGCUCUUUCGCAAUACAAAGCUUGAGGAUGACCAGAUCCUGUACUUAAUUGGCAGUGAUGGGAGAAGAACUAGAUCCACAUUUGUGCUGUUCAAGACUUUGCGUGACUAUUGUGAUGCCUUAUCUCCUGAAAAAAGGCAGUUUUAUAACCGAUGGAUUUAUACAAAGCCAAUCUCAAGAGAGAAGAUGAUCAGUCUUCUGGAAUCUCAGGGCGAUGAUAUCGGACCUCCUGGAAACUCUGAAAUGUUUCAGGAGAGGCCUCCGUCUUAUGACUCAGAGAAAAUGUGUCUGUUUGUGCGGAACCUACCAUUUGAUGUACGGAAAGUUGAGAUCAUGGACUUCUUCCUUGGGUUUAAUAUCACAGAGGACAAGGUGUUUGUGCUGCGCGACCAUGAAGGUGCUGGAGUUGGGAAGGCUGUGAUUCUCUUCCGGUCUGAGGCAGAGGCUAUGAGUGCACUCUCUCUCAAUGGACAAAGGUUUCUUGGGUCAGAAGUCAUACUGAAAUGCAUUUCACGUUCUCAGAUGCAGCAGUUGGGUGUUGAGCCACCACUGGUGCAAGAGCCAAUUGUGCAAGAGCCGCUGCCAAGAGAAGAGCGGUAUUCAGGCAGGAGAAGCGAAGCAUCCUACCGCCCCGGUGAUACAGAAUAUCCUGACUUUAGGAUUCCUCAUGAUGGUAAUAUGCCAAUGAGUAACACGCAGGCUCAGGCCUAUGGAGGCUGUGAUUAUGAGCCCUAUGCAGUCAGCCCCUACGCCCCACAAGACAGAGGUAAUGGUGUUCGGGGUGGCUUUGGUCCCCCAGUGCAGCCUUUUGACAGUCCCACCUGCGUUAGGCUACUUAACUUACCAUUUCAAAUCAGAACUGAAGAAAUCUAUGACUUUUGCUACGGAUUUCGCAUUAUCCCUGGAUCUGUCUUACUCCAGUAUGACCAGAGCGGAAAAUCUAAAGGCACCGCAACUGCAGUGUUUGAGUCCCGUCAGGAGGCGCUAACAGCAGUUGAGGAACUGAGUGGAAGACCAAUAGGUCCAAGAAAAAUACAGCUAUUACUUGCAUGAAAGAGAUCUCUUCAUGGAAACUUACCUGCCCUAGCAGUGUAGUUUGGACAUGUACACAAUGUUGAUUUAAGGGAAGCAAUGGGCCUUUCUUUAAUUUUUUCAUAUGAUCUUUAUUUUGACUUUUUGUAUGGCAUGGCUUUAUGUGAUUACGACUACAAUAAAUUUAGCGAUGUAUAUUUUUUCAAUCUGUUUUUUUAUUUUUAUUAUUGUGAUUAGGAAAUAUAGUCCGACUAUGGGUUUUGUAUUCUAUGCUCAUCCUAAAGUGAAGCACUACAUUUUUAUUUUCUCAAUAAUUGAAAUGUUUUAGUUUAAUUUAUCAGCAAAAUAGCAUUGCAAAUAAUGUAUGUAAACUGCUUUUUACUAUGUGCGGCUUGUGUGAAAAGUGUUGUUUUGAUAAAAAAUGCAUACCUUUUGAAUUGUCAUUUUUUUCUUCACAGAUCUGUCACAUACAGUGUAAACAAAUCAAAUUUUGCUUGCCAUGUUAAUCUUAUGUAUAUAACUUGCUGGUUAUUCACCAAUUAAAAGGAAUCAGUUACUGGCACCUGUGAAGAUUAGGUUCAAUAGGAUACCCUAAAGUGGUUUUCUGUAUUAGUAUAAAGUUGGGAUAUACAGUGUUUGCCUUUUAUAAAAACUAAUCAGUUCAAUAGCAAGACUCUUUGAAUGAGAUAAUCACUAGGAUGAGGGAUCAUGGUGAUAAUCUGUAAUGUGUGUUUUCAUUAUUGAGCUCACCCCUUUCCUCUAAUAAAAGAAAAA